GCGCAGUAGCAGCGUCACAUUAGAUCGGUCAGUUUGUUUUUGGUUCUCGUGCUCGAGAGUUAGUCGACGCGCGCGCAUAAAUAUUUGUUUCGUGCUGCUGUUUCGGUCGGCUAGUCGAUGGUGAUACGCAGUGUGGCAGUUUUGCGAUAUACUGACACCGGAUUUCACAGAUAACCGGUUCGUCGUGACGACGAAGAGCAAACUUAUUGAAUCUGAGGAGCGCGGGACAAGAACACGGUUGAAUUGUUUUCUUUGGAUGAAGUGCAAGCGUUGGACAAAUUGCAACAAUGAAUGACAUGUCCAAAUCUAUAAAUUACAUUCAGACGAAGCUGAUCCCGGAUUUGGUUGAAAAGCGUAAGUUGACUAUCAAUGGAAUCGAUCCUGAUGAUACCGUAGUUCUAGAUGGCGUUGAAGUGAAGCCUCUGCAAUCUGAUGGAACGUUUAUGCUGACGGUGUUGUAUAAGGUCAAAGUACAAUUGGGCAGUGCGAGAAGCGAGAAUAUCAAGCAAGAGUCGAAUUUGGUGGUGAAGAUUACACCACCAUGCACGGAAGAAAUAUAUGCAGGUUGCCAAUUUGAUACACUGUUUGAAAAUGAAACAACCGCCUACAACGUCAUAAUUCCUUCUCUUGGAAGAUCGGACAUGUAUCCCAAAUAUUUCUAUUCUCAUCGUAAGCCUUGCGAUGCUGUUAUGGUGCUCAGCGAUUACUCAACCGAAGGAUGGAGGAUGGCUCCCAUGGUAGUUAACUUACCGCUGGACUACUGUUUGCUGGCAGUUCGAGAGCUGGGGCGCUUCCACGGCGAGUGCUAUGGCUUGAAGGAGCAGCAGCGAGAUUUGUUCGAGAGCAUCACUGGCAAAUUCAAGGAAGCGCGCUACGGUGCCGAUAUAGGGGAUUUGAAAUGGUUGGAAAUCAUGAAAACCGGACCGGUGCGUGCACUGAAGGCUACCCGCGAAAGCAUUUUUAACGAGCUGAUUCCGGAUGAGUUUUUGCAAAAACUGGCGAAACUGGCGGAAGAUCCUUGGGAGUAUUCGAAAAAACGCGUUGUGCCGGAGGAGCCUUUGGCCGUGAUUUGUCAUGGCGAUUAUCUGCGGAACAACAUUGCAUUCAAGUUUGACGAUGAAGAGACUCCGGACAAGCCAACCCACGCGAUGAUGUUCGAUUUCCAAACGCUCCGGUACGCCUCGCCAAUGAUCGAUCUCUGCACCUUCAUGGCCAACUCCACGGGGUACGACGUGCGGCAGAAGCAUUUCGAAACGGUAUUCAAGGCGUACCACGACGAGCUGGUGCAAACGCUUUGCAGUAUUAUCAAGGCCAAUCCGAACGAUUUGCCACAGCAUUACAGCUAUGAGUCGUUCCUGAGAGAAUUCACCCGCUACUAUAUCUAUGGAUUCCUAAUCGCGUCCAGCUUCUUGGCGGUUUUAUACGAACCAAUGGAGAACGCCUUCGCUAUAGAACAGUGGCCGUUGGAGGAUAUAAUUGAAGAUGCAAUGAAGCGAGGGGGGUCAAAACUGGACAGAGAACUUGCUGCUAUGGUUUAUGAAAUCUACAAGCUUCACACCCGUUUUGGAAUUGAUCCAAGUGCUAGCAUCUGAUUUGGCUCAGCAACGAUUCAUUAUGUUGAAACUUUUGUGAUAAUUAAUAAAAAGACCGGGCGACCUUAUUGUA